AUGCUCCCAGGACAUAUCCCUCUGGACGCCAAGAUUAAGGGCCUGUCGAGCGCAAUCUUAACCAGACAGGUCGGAUUGGCCGGCUUCUGCGUGCUGAUCUGGGACCAUGCCAUUACCCUUGACGAAGAGAUCUGCCUCAUAUGGAGGCAUAUUCCGGACUUGGGCCGGAAGGAUUAUCGCAGAUUGGCAUUUACUAUAUUGUUCUUACUUAAUCGUUACAUCGUACCGAUCUCGUUCCUAAUCAACAUCGUGGCAUACUUUUCAGCAUUCUGGACGACCGAAGUACGUUCCUCCAAGCCUUGCCCUUCACGCUCUCCUAACCUUUGCUCCAGACGUGCGUUCGUUCCUAUGUGCGCAGGAGCACGUUCUCAUCGCGAUGUUGGCUUUAGUUGCAGCAACUUCGUCGUAUACGAAGGCAUAUUGACCAUGACGGGUAUUGCGAUCGCCGAUCUCAUUAUGCUCAGUCGCGUCGAGGCGUUGUGGCGCACCUCAAAGUACUAUUGGCAUGCUGUGGGCGGCCUAUCUGCUCUCUGGACCGUCUUCAUCAUUUUGAAUUCGUGGCUUCUCACCCAUACCGGACCGGUCUACACGCACGUCGAUCCCAGCUUCACUUCAUGUACAAUGGUCUUCGACCCACAGUACGAUCACAUUGCACCGGCCUCUGCUUGGCUGCCCCUCCUCUACGAUACAACCGUCAUCGUACUCACCUUGAUACGGACAUGGCCAAUGGCUCGCAACGGUGUCUUGAGCACCAACGCGUAUGACAUUGGGCGCGAACUGAUACGCGAGGGCCUGCUGUACUACGGCAUCAUCUUCGCCGUGACGUUCUCGCUCACUCUUAUGAUUGCCUUCGCACCUCCGGGCAUCCAGAAUAUAUGCGCGCAACUCGAACUAUGCCUUACCGCCGCUAUGAUGUCCCGCAUCACACUCACACUCAAACGACGCUGCGGCGGCCCCGGCGAGCUGCCGUACGAACCCACCCAUCCCGAGCCGAUUCUCUCGGAUUUGCGCGUAAUCACCCAUCCCCCGCGCGUCGUACAAGGUCGCGGACGUAUCCAGUACAUCGAACGCGCGCAAACGACCACGAGUAUGUUUGCGGUUGUGUCGCAUGUUGCUGGCGAGGAGGGCGCAGUUAUGUCGGUCUCUCAGGUGGACGUGGAUGGGAGGGACUCUGAUUCUUCAGAUUCGGUUGAAAUGGUGGAUAUGGUAGCGGAGAAAGACGAUAACAAGUCGCCUGUUUGA